CUCAGCCCUGCGCAGCUCCGCCCGCGGCCGCCCGCGGCUCGCUCGGCUCGGCACGGCACGACUCGGCUCGGCUCGGCUCGGAGCGGCCAGCCCAGCCUAGCCUCCCCGGGACCCCCGCGAGCCUCCGCGGCUGGGGCCACGCUGGAGCCCCCUGCCCCGCAGCGGAGGCGAGCCGCGAGUUGGCGCGGCGGCCGGCGUCCACCCGGCUGCGGAGGUCCUGCAAGCUCCGUGAGUGCCAAGCAGUGAAUUAUGGGCUGGGUAGCCACCAGUGCAUCAUGAAGAUUGACUUUAUUUUUGCCCUCUCGAGGAUCACGUGCUUUAUGAAUUUACUCACUCCUCCAUCUCACUGCCGCUUGCGCCAAUAUUGUCAUCACUUCUAGGAAACCAGAAUUUGAGGCUUGGGCUUCAGCUCUGCCUUUCCUUCCUCCCUGGAACAACCAGUGUCAUCUUUGUGUUCUACCAAAACAAACCACUGUGGGUUACUUUGCCCUUCACAAAAGUACACCUUCUGGAGAAGUCAAUUCAUAUACCGUGUACUUCUGAGAUAAAAGCCUCUGGAUCCUAAAGAAUAAUUGAGAUCUUUCCUUGGGGAGGAGACAUUUCCUCUUGGUCACGUGCACUUGCUAUCUCACUUUCCACUUACUCUCCCUCUCUCUGUGUCACUCUGUGUGCUCUCCUCCUCUUCCCAUUGGAUUUAACAUUUGGUGUUGACUGCUGGGGUUCUCCUUCCAGUAGUGUGGCUUUUGUUUUUCUCCUAGGGAAGAGCAGAUUCUUGAAACAAUGGGCUUUACUCUGCACUCCAUCUACUUCACCUUGAAGGUGAGUUUGCUGCUGUGCUCCUUGCUGGGUCUCUGUUUGGGUCUGGAGUUCAUGGGCAUACCCAACCAGUGGGCCCGCUACCUCCGCUGGGAUGCCAGCACUAGGAGCGAACUCAGCUUCCAGUUCAAGACCAAUGUCUCUGCUGGGCUGCUCCUCUACUUUGAUGAUGGUGGUGUCUGUGACUUCCUCUGUCUGUCCAUUGUUGAUGGGCGCAUCCAGCUCCAGUUCAGUGUGGACUGUGCGGAGACUACAGUUAUCACAGACAAGAAGGUUAACGACAGCAACUGGCACUUCCUGAUGGUCAGCCGCAAUCACCUUCGGACGGUGCUAGUGCUGGAUGGUGAAGCCAAGCCGGGUGAGGUGCGUCCACAACGCCAGUAUAUGAAUAUCGUCAGUGACCUUUUUGUUGGUGGAGUCCCAUUGGACAUCCGUCCUGCUGCCUUGACCCUUGAUGGUGUUCUGAGUGAGCCUCCGUUUCAAGGAUUUAUCCUGGAUCUGAAAUACGGCAACUCUGAGCCACAGCUCCUGGGCAGUCAAGGGGUCCGACUGGAAAUGGAAGGGCUCUGCGCAGAAAACCCCUGUGAAAAUGGUGGCACUUGCUUCCUUCUGGAUGGUGAGCCACAUUGUGACUGCUCAGCCACUGGAUAUGCUGGCAAGCUGUGUUCUGAAGAUGUCAAUCAUAUUCCAGGCCUCUCACACUUGAUGAUGGGUGAACAAGGUAGAAGUAAAGCGCGAGAUGAGAACAUGGCCACUUUCCGUGGUUCCGAAUACCUUUGCUAUGACCUGUCGCAAAACCCCAUCCAAAGCAGCAGUGAUGAGAUCACUCUCUCUUUCAAGACGUGGCAACGCAACGGGCUCAUUCUGCACACUGGCAAGUCAGCUGAUUAUGUCAACCUGGCCCUGAAAGAUGGUGCGGUCUCAUUGGUCAUUAACCUGGGGUCUGGGGCCUUCGAGGCCAUUGUGGAGCCGGUCAAUGGCAAGUUCAAUGACAACGCGUGGCACGACGUUAAGGUGACACGCAACCUGCGGCAGCACUCAGGCAUUGGACACGCUAUGGUGACAAUCUCUGUGGAUGGCAUCCUUACCACCACGGGCUACACACAAGAGGACUACACCAUGCUGGGCUCAGAUGACUUCUUUUAUGUGGGAGGGAGCCCCAGUACUGCUGAUUUACCUGGCUCUCCAGUAAGCAACAACUUCAUGGGCUGCCUCAAAGAGGUUGUUUAUAAGAAUAACGACAUUCGUCUGGAGCUGUCUCGCUUGGCACGGAUUGGUGAUACAAAGAUGAAGAUCUACGGGGAAGUGAAAUUCGUAUGUGAGAAUGUGGCCACACUGGAUCCCAUCAGCUUUGAGACACCUGAGGCCUAUAUUAGCCUGCCUAAAUGGAAUACCAAAAGGAUGGGCUCCAUCUCAUUUGAUUUCCGAACCACUGAACCCAAUGGACUGAUCCUUUUCACCCAUGGCAAGCCUCAGGAGAGGAAAGAUGCCAGGAGCCAGAAAAAUACAAAGGUAGACUUCUUUGCAGUUGAGCUUCUAGAUGGGAACCUCUACUUGCUGCUGGACAUGGGCUCUGGGACCAUUAAAGUCAAGGCCACCCAAAAGAAAGCCAAUGAUGGAGAGUGGUAUCAUGUGGAUAUUCAACGAGAUGGAAGAUCGGGUACUAUAUCAGUGAACAGCAGACGCACCCCAUUCACCGCUAGUGGGGAGAGUGAGAUUCUAGAUCUGGAAGGCGACAUGUACCUCGGUGGGCUGCCGGAGAACCGGGCAGGUCUCAUCCUUCCCACAGAGCUCUGGACAGCAAUGCUGAACUAUGGCUACGUCGGCUGUAUCCGAGACUUGUUCAUCGAUGGACGAAGCAAGAACAUCCGGCAGCUGGCAGAGGCGCAGAAUGCUGCAGGCGUCAAGUCCUCCUGCUCCCGCCUCAGCACCAAGCAGUGCGACAGCUAUCCGUGUAAGAAUAAUGCAGUCUGCAAGGAUGGCUGGAACCGCUUCAUUUGUGACUGCACUGGCACCGGCUAUUGGGGUAGAACGUGUGAGCGAGAGGCCUCUAUCUUGAGCUAUGAUGGCAGCAUGUACAUGAAGAUCAUCAUGCCUAUGGUCAUGCAUACAGAAGCAGAAGACGUGUCCUUCCGUUUCAUGUCCCAGCGCGCUUAUGGGCUGUUGAUGGCAACCACCUCACGAGACUCUGCUGACACUCUGCGCCUGGAGCUAGAUGGAGGCCGUGUCAAACUUAUGGUCAAUUUAGACUGUAUCAGGAUAAACUGUAACGCCAGCAAGGGACCUGAAACUCUUUAUGCUGGACAGAAACUCAAUGACAACGAGUGGCACACUGUCCGGGUAGUUCGACGAGGAAAGAGCCUCAAGCUGAUGGUGGACGAUGACGUCGCUGAGGGCACAAUGGUUGGUGAUCACACCCGCUUGGAGUUCCACAACAUCGAGACAGGGAUCAUGACAGAGAAACGGUACAUCUCUGUCAUCCCUUCCAGCUUUAUUGGCCACCUCCAGAGCCUCAUGUUCAACGGGAUGCUCUACAUUGACCUGUGCAAGAAUGGUGACAUUGACUAUUGCGAGCUGAAGGCACGCUUUGGUCUCCGCAACAUUAUAGCUGACCCUGUGACAUUCAAGACCAAGAGCAGCUACCUGAGUUUGGCCACCUUGCAGGCUUAUACGUCCAUGCACCUCUUCUUUCAGUUCAAGACCACCUCAGCUGAUGGUUUCAUCCUCUUUAACAGUGGUGAUGGCAAUGACUUUAUCGCAGUUGAACUAGUCAAGGGGUAUAUACAUUAUGUGUUUGACCUUGGAAAUGGACCUAAUGUUAUCAAAGGCAAUAGCGAUCGUCCUCUUAAUGACAACCAAUGGCACAACGUCGUCAUCACCAGAGAUAACAGUAACACACACAGUCUAAAGGUGGACACUAAGGUGGUCACUCAGGUUAUCAAUGGUGCCAAAAAUCUGGAUCUUAAAGGUGAUCUCUACAUUGCUGGCCUAGCUCAAGGCAUGUAUAGCAACCUUCCAAAGCUAGUGGCCUCUCGUGAUGGAUUUCAGGGCUGCCUAGCAUCUGUGGACUUGAAUGGGCGUCUGCCUGAUCUAAUCAAUGAUGCUCUGCACCGCAGUGGCCAGAUUGAACGUGGAUGCGAAGUUGAGUUGACCAAAGCUGACCUGCAAGGACCGAGUACUACCUGCCAGGAAGAUUCCUGUGCGAAUCAGGGCAUCUGUAAUCAGCAAUGGGAAGGCUUCACCUGUGAUUGCUCCAUGACUUCAUAUUCUGGGAGCCAGUGUAAUGACCCUGGUGCCACGUAUAUAUUUGGGAAGAGUGGGGGUCUCAUCCUGUACACCUGGCCAGCUAACGACAGACCGAGCACAAGGACAGACCGUCUCGCUGUGGGCUUCAGCACAACAGUGAAGGAUGGCAUUCUCGUUCGGAUUGACAGUGCCCCUGGGCUUGGUGAUUUUCUGCAGCUGCACAUAGAGCAAGGCAAGAUUGGUGUAGUUUUCAAUAUUGGCACAGUGGACAUCUCUAUUAAAGAGGAAAGCACACCUGUAAAUGAUGGCAAAUACCAUGUGGUACGCUUUACCAGGAAUGGUGGCAAUGCCACACUUCAGGUUGACAGCUGGCCAGUGAAUGAACACUACCCAACAGGCAACACUGAUAGUGAACGGUUCCAAAUGGUAAAACAGAAAAUCCCCUUCAAAUAUAACCGGCCCGUAGAGGAGUGGCUGCAGGAAAAAGAUGAUGCAACACCGCAUCACCACUUGACUUCGAGACCCGUCACGACGACCACCAAAAUUGGACGACAGUUAACGAUCUUCAACACCCAGGCGCAAAUAGCCAUAGGAGGGAAGGACAGAGGGCGUCUCUUCCAAGGCCAGCUCUCCGGUCUCUAUUACAAUGGCUUGAAAGUGCUGAACAUGGCAGCGGAGAACAACCCCAACAUUAAAAUCAAUGGAAGUGUCCGACUUGUUGGGGAAGUCCCUUCCAUCCUGGGAACAACACCCACAACCUCCGUGCCACCGGAAAUGUCUACUACAGUCAUGGAAACCACAACUACAAUGGCCACCACUACAACCCGAAAAAAUCGUUCACCACCCAGCAUCCAGACAACAGAUGACAUCGUUUCAUCAGCUGAAUGUUCCAGUGAUGAUGAAGAUUUCAUUGACUGUGAGCCCAGUACAGGAGGUGAAUUAGUUAUCCCUCUACUUGUAGAAGACCCUUUAGAUAUCCCUCCUAUUGCUACUCGUGCACCUUUCAUUACACUUCCCCCUACCUUUCGCCCCCUCCUCACCAUUAUUGAGACCACCAAAGAUUCCCUGUCCAUGACCUCUGAGGCGGGGUUACCUUGCUUGUCGGACCAAGGCAGCGAUGGUUGUGAUGAUGAUGGCUUGGUGAUAUCUGGGUAUGGCUCAGGGGAAACCUUUGACUCUAACCUACCCCCUACUGAUGAUGAAGAUUUUUACACCACCUUCUCCUUGGUAACAGAUAAGAGUCUUUCCACUUCAAUCUUCGAAGGUGGCUACAAAGCACACGCACCCAAGUGGGAAUCCAAGGACUUUAGACCUAACAAAGUCUCCGAAACUGGUAGGACUACUACCACGUCUUUGUCCCCUGAGCUGAUCCGCUCCACAGCUUCGUCCUCGACUGGGAUGGUGCCCAAAUUGCCAGCCGGCAAAAUGAAUAACCGUGAGCUCAAACCCCAGCCUGACAUAGUCUUGCUUCCGUUGCCCACUGCCUAUGAGCUAGACAGCACAAAGCUGAAGAGCCCGCUAAUCACUUCCCCCAUGUUCCGUAAUGUGCCCACAGCAAACCCCACGGAGCCAGGAAUCAGACGGGUUCCGGGGGCCUCAGAGGUGGUCCGUGAGUCGAGCAGCACAACGGGGAUGGUCGUCGGCAUUGUGGCUGCUGCUGCCCUCUGCAUCCUCAUCCUCCUGUACGCCAUGUACAAGUACAGGAACAGGGACGAGGGGUCCUAUCAGGUGGACGAGACGCGGAACUACAUCAGCAACUCAGCCCAGAGCAACGGCACGCUCGUGAAGGAGAAGCAGCAGAGCUCAAAGAGCGGCCACAAGAAACAGAAAAACAAGGACAAAGAGUAUUAUGUGUAAAAAAGAAUACUUAUUUAUAUAUAAAUAUAUAAAUACUUAAUGAGAUUUAACUGAAAUAUCAGAACCAUUGCAGCGAACGAGAUUGGGAGAUAUCGUUUGUGGGAAAAAGUAUUGGGAAAAAAAAUUUCAGCAGUGACUGUUAAUGUCUCAGUCAUCGCUUGGAGUCAGCAAACUCUGCCCUAAUGUAUUAUAAAGCACACUUAGCGUUCUGGAGAUGGCGUGCACAGCUCUGCCCUGUUAGUGAACUUGGACGUCUCCAAAUCUCCUCCUCCGCUGAACUUUCUGCAAAGGUAGAAGACUUCAUGGCUUACUUGUUUCAUAUCUCCAAGUGAGUCUUUAACAAUGUUCGUGAUCCCUGACUGUAUCGAUAAUUUUUCAGUUUACUUAUUUAAAAAAAAAAAAAAAAGGAAGGAAAAAGAAAAAAUGCAAACAUUAUUAAACAACAAAAAAAAAUAUUGAACAAACUGAUCUGGCCGUGUCCAGCAUACAAACAAUUUUUCGAGAUUGGAGGAGGGGAAUAAAUGAUUUUGGAGAUUGUUGGGUUUUUGGUUUGGUUUGGUUUGAUUUGGUUUCUUGGGUUGUUUUUUGUUUGGGUUUUUUUUGGUUACUUUUGGGUGUGGGAGGGAAGGGUGGAGAGGACCGGUGCGGGGGGUGAGCCAGGACGUGAGUUGAGAAGAAAUCUCGGAAAAAAAAUAAUCCAUAAUAAAUAAAGAGAGACUAUUGCCAUAUAUGAACUCAAAAGCUACCCAUGGUGUUUACUCUGCAUAUCUGGUCGUGUUGUCUCUAGAAUCCGUCGUCUUGCAGUAAGUUGUUUGCUAACAACGCAGUGAAAGUGUCUGAUGGGUGGUGCUGAAGAAAAUUAUCAUGGAAAGCUGGUUCCCCUGGAUCUGGCUCCAGUAUUUGCAAUUAACUGAAGAAUAGAUGGGCUUGGGUCUGUUCUGAUCAGUCAUUGGCUUUGUUUGGGGAUAUCCCUUAGUAUGCAUUAGCCCAGCCAAACUAUGGUUAAACGGAUUUGAAGAUUACAAAAAGAAUGCUUAAAAAAUGAUUAGCUGUUCUGAGCUGAAUAUACCAUACAAAAAUAAAGGAGCCUUCCUCUGG